CUUGCAUAUUUGGGAACUUCAGCAAACACUUAAAAGUUUGAGGAAAUGAGGACUUAGAACAGUUGAAUCAAAGGCAAUACCCAGCAACGUGUAUUUUAAAACAAUAAUGAUGUCCUUUCUUAAGCAACAUUCCUCCCCCCCCCCCAAUAGCUACAAUAUGAUACAGUACGCAACAGCUCACUUGCAAGUGCUAGAAUCAGAGGGUAAAGAACGACAUAAGCCACCCACUUACAUUUCCUACUAUACAAUGCCUUUUUGGCACUUGAUAAAUCAAGCGUUCGUGUAGCAAUACAUUCAACAGAAACACCUCGUACUUUGGGUUUAAGAUCCUUGUCUCCCCCAGUUCCGAUGUCGUGACAAUCUGACUCUUCAUCAUUGUAAAUAUUUUCAGCCAUCUGCCAUAUCUGCAUGAUGUUAUCUUCAGACACUGAGCAAAUGACCCAAGGUUCAUUGGGGUUCCAACUGAAGUCUGAAAUCUUGACAGUAUGUCCUCCAUGAAUAAACACAAGUUCUGGAGGCCCAUCUUCUGCAUCUCUGCUGAUUGUUCUUCUCCAAUUUUACUUAAAUCCCACACAUUCAGGCGGCGAUCAAUACCACUUGAAGCCAGAAUAGUUUAUGUGGAGACCAGUGAACCUGAAAAAGUUCAUCCUUAUGCAAUUCAAAGGUUCUUGCCCAUCCUUUCAAGUUCUGGACUCAGAAUUUGUUACAAGCUGCUAGUUUUACUGUGGUUCCAUUCUGGCCCUGACUGCAGCAGACCUUGAGGAAAAAAAGAAUUGUUGGGACUGUAGCAUGAGACUUCAAGCAGUUGGCUCAAUACUGUAAAAAUAAAGGAUCCUGCCAGAUUGGUUCUCCUGUCUGUAGCAAUGUUAGCCUCAAGAAAGAAGAUGGCCAAUUCUUCACGCUCCCAGGUUCUUCUAAUGUGGAAGCCAGACAAGGUUCAAAAUGGCCCCCGCAGUGUUGAGAAGCAAACACUCACUUCAAGACUCUUGCGUGACACUGAGACCUGUCGACAGAAUUUUAGGAAUUUUCCAUACCCAGAUGUGGCAGGUCCUCGGAAAGCAUUGAGUCAACUCCGUGAGCUCUGCCUUAAGUGGCUGAGACCUGAGGUUCACUCCAAGGAACAGAUCCUGGAGUUGCUGGUCCUGGAGCAAUUUCUGACCAUCCUGCCUGGGGAGGUUAGGGCGUGGGUAAAGUCUCAGUACCCAGAGAACAGCGAGGAAGUGGUGACUCUGGUGGAGGAUUUGGCUGAGAUUCUAGAAGAGGAAGCUCCUCAGAAUUCUGCCCUUCCCCAAGAAAUCCCAGAGGAAGACCCCAAACAUGCUUUCCAGGCAGGGUGGCUCAAUGACUUGGUGACCAAAGAAUCAGUGACGUUCACAGAUGUGGCCGUGGACAUCACCCAAGAGGACUGGGAACUGAUGCGCCCCGUUCAGAAGGAACUGUAUAAGACUGUGACUCUUCAGAACUAUUGGAACAUGGUUUCUCUAGGACUGACCGUCUACAGGCCAACUGUGAUUCCCAUCUUAGAAGAGCCAUGGAUGGUGAUAAAAGAAAUUGUAGAAGGCCCUAGCCCAGAAUGGGAAACAAAAGCUGAAGCACAUAUUCCGUUAAAGGAUCUCCCAAAACUCAAACAGGAUGGAACCCAGACCAUCAAAUUGGAAGAAGUGGAUGACUGUGAUGACAGAUUAGAGAGGCAGCCAGUGUAUGCCUUCAGGAAGAUUCCGAUGGAUGAAAGAGACUUCAGUUUGAAGUCAGAGAUUUCACAAGACCCUCCAGAAGAAUAUUUUAGUAAAUAUGAUAUAUAUAGAAAUGAUUUUGAAAAGCACACAAGCCUAAUACAGUUUGAUACCCAAUCAGAUAAUAAAACUUCUCUGUAUAAUGAAAGCAAGCCAACAUUCAAUAAUGUCUCAUCUGGUGUUGUACAUGGGAAAAUACUUCCUGGGGAUAAGCCUUAUUCAUGUAAUGUCUGUGGAAAAAAAUUUAGGAAAUACCCAUCACUCCUGGCACACCGAAAUAGCCAUGCCAAAGAGAAAUCUUAUGAAUGUGAAGAAUGUGGGAAAGAGUUCAAGCAUAUCUCAUCCCUCAUUGCACAUCAAAGAAUGCAUACUGGAGAAAAACCAUAUGAAUGUCACCAGUGUGGGAAAGCCUUCAGCCAACGUGCACACCUUACUAUACAUCAGAGAAUUCAUACUGGAGAAAAACCCUACAAGUGUGAGGAUUGUGGAAAAGACUUUAGUCAGCGUGCACAUCUUACUAUACAUCAAAGGACACAUACUGGUGAGAAACCAUAUAAAUGUUUGGAAUGCAGUAAAACCUUUAGCCAUAGUUCAUCUUUGAUUAACCAUCAGAGAGUUCAUACUGGAGAAAAACCUUAUAUAUGCAAUGAAUGUGGGAAAACUUUCAGUCAGAGUACACACCUCCUCCAACAUCAAAAAAUUCAUACUGGGAAAAAACCGUACAAGUGCAAUGAGUGUUGGAAGGUGUUUAGUCAGAGCACUUACCUUAUUCGACACCAGAGGAUUCAUUCUGGAGAGAAGUGCUAUAAAUGCAAUGAAUGUGGAAAGGCCUUUGCCCAUUCAUCAACUCUUAUACAGCAUCAAACUACUCACACUGGAGAGAAAGCCUAUGUAUGUAAUGUAUGUGGGAAAGCCUUCAGCCAGAGUGCAAACCUGACUCAGCAUCAUAGAACACAUACUGGAGAGAAACCAUAUAAAUGUAGUGUGUGUGGGAAAGCCUUCAGCCAGAGUGUGCACCUUACUCAACACCAGAGGAUUCACAAUGGAGAAAAGCCCUUUAAAUGUAAUGUAUGUGGGAAAGCAUAUAGACAAGGUGCAAAUCUUACUCAACAUCAAAGGAUUCAUACUGGAGAGAAACCCUAUAAAUGUAAUCAGUGUGGGAAAGCUUUUAUUUAUUCUUCAUCGCUUAAUCAGCAUCGAAGAACUCACACUGGAGAGAGACCCUAUAAAUGUAAUCAUUGUAACAAAGAUUUUAGUCAGAGAACAUGCCUUAUUCAACACCAGAGGAUUCACACAGGAGAGAAGCCCUAUGCAUGCCGUAUAUGUGGGAAGUCCUUCACUCAGAGUACCAAUCUUAUUCAGCAUCAGCGUGUUCAUACAGGUGCCAGACAUCGCAACAGGUGCCAGAUACCGCAGUUAAUGGAUAUGACUUUGUUUAAGCUUCAAAACUUGAUUGCUUAAAUUUCAUUUUGUGUGCUGUGUCAGAAUAUUCAAAAAAUCUGAAGAAGUGCAAUAUGCUAGAUAUCGCAGUGUCAGAAGUACCAGAAUUAGUAAAAUGGCUUGUCCAUUUA